UGUUUUGUUUCUCUAUAAAGUGAAAGCUUUUGUUCUAUUACAUUAUAACAGUUUCUUUUCUUCUGUUUCUUUCAAACUUACAAUUAUACUUUACAAUCAUGGAUUCAACAGUUGUUCAUAGUCAUGUGCAAGAGGAGAAUGAUGAACAAAACUCACAAAACAUUGAACCAUAUCCAGUGACACUGACACAUGGACCAGAUGAACAUACUGAGCCUGAGAAGAAAUCUGUUAUGACUAGGGUGAAGGCAAAGGCUAGGAAAGUUAGGGACAGUAUUAAGAAGCAACUUGAUCAUGGUAAUGGAAAUAGCAAUGAAAUUCAGCAUACUGAUACUCCUGAUGAUGAUGGUGACUUGGAGGAGGAGGAGGAGGAGGAUAAAGAAAUUGUUCAAGACCCACAAGUUCAUCAAGUACCAAGUGAAAAACCUCAUUAUAAUCCACUAGUUGGAGGUGCUUCCUUAACCACUGCAAUCAAUCAAAAAAAUGCCACUGACAAGGCUGCAGAAGAAAAGCAAGAGCAGCGUGAGGCCAAUUUAGAGAGGUCAAUAGUUUCGGAAGAAGAAGAUUCUCAAGAGAAAGGAAGUAGACCUGAGGCAUAUACACUUCCCAAUUAUCAAACCAAAGACACUGAUCCAAGUGGGGAAGUUUAUGACAGUGAAGAUAUUAAAAAUGCUACACCUACACCUGAAUUUGAGAAAGAUGGAAAUUUAGGAAAUUCAGGAAUUGAUUUUGAAGGUACAAAAGUUAAGGGAGAAGAACCAUACCAUGAUACACCAGUUGAAGAGAAUGACCAGGCCAAAACAUUUCCUGUGGAAGAUACGCCUGAGCAAUACAAGGCGAAGCCAGUAACAGUCUUGGAGGAAUAUCCUACAAAACAAGGAAUUAGAACUGAGGAACAUACUCUUCCUAAUUAUCAAAUCAAUCAUACUGAUCCAAAUAGUGCAGGAAGUGAUGGAAUAAAAGACAUUACACAACUUGAAGAAUCUCUUGAGAGAAUAAAUGUGCAUGAUGAUGAGCUAAAACCUAGCACAGAAACAACAAUCCAGCCAUCGGUUGCUGACACCGAAUACCCUCCUGCUGCUGGAAGCCAUGAUCAGUCUGUGCCACACUUCUCUGAUGCAACAACAACUGAGAACGAACAUCCUCGGGAAACAGUCCCCACACAUAUCAUUCGAGACGAUGAUAUUUUGGUGGAAGAUUCUCAAGAUCAAGAAAGUAAUGAAAUAAAAGACAUUACACCAGUUGAAGAAUCUCUUGAGAGAUUGAAUGUGCAUGAUGAUGAACCAAAACCUAUCACAGAACAAAAAAUCCAGCCAUCUGCUUCUGCUGCUGACACUGAAUACCCUCAGAAAUUCACUGAUGUAAGCCAUGAUCAGUUUGUGUCACGCCUGUCUGAUGUAACAGAAACUCAGAAUGAAUAUCCUCAAGAAAAAGUAUCCACAGAUAUCAAUAGAAACCAUGAAAUUCCCUCAGAAACUGAAGAAACUUUCAACACAAACACAAACACUGUUGAAAAUCAACCAGAUUAUGAAGAAUCCGCGGAGACACAACCAAAACACAAAACUUACAUAGAUGAAACUGAAAUCUCAUCUGCAGAAACAGCUGAUAAAACUCUCCUUCCUGAAAGUUAUGAAGCUUCUAAUCUCGGUAAUGAUGGAACUACCACUGGUAGUAAUAAUGAUGGAGCUGAAACAAAAAAUGAUGACAAAAAAGAGGAUGGAAAAUUGGAUAGUGAGGUUGAGAAGCCAGAGAAAGUGUUGUUUGAAGAGAGCAAUGUGAAUAGUCCAGGAAAAGGUAUGGUUGACAGGGUUAAGGAUUAUUAUGGAUCUUGGUUUGUUAAACCUGAGGAGAAUCAAUCACCACAAGGUGCAGGAAAUAGUACUGAAGACAUAUCAAAGAAAAAAGAUUCUGUUGAAGAAAUUGUCAAUUUUGAUGCUUUAGGUACAGGAAUUAGUGCUGAAGACAUAUCAAAUAAAAAAGAUUCUGUUGCAGAAGUGGAACAAGUUGUCAAAGUUGUGGAUUAAGAAUGGAUACAAUGGUAAUUCAAUUGAAGAGCAAGUUACCAGAACAAAUUUCUCUAUAGCAUAAUAAAUUAUUGAAGUGAUUCUGUUAUUUUUUUCUUUCUUGACAAUAAGUGAUUAUGUUACUUGUAAGUAGAUAGUUGUUCAUGGUUCUGUAUAAGUUAAAUUUGUAUGGCUGUAUGUGGAAGUUACUAUAUGCUAUUGUUGAAUUACAAAGAAUGUUUUCAUA